UCGCCGCCAAACAUAUGAAAGUGUAUCAAUUUUACAAAGUGCUCCUUGUAGAGCACAAGUGCAAGCCACGUGUUUUGCGAAUACGAAAGUGAAACUAAGAUUGAGUUUAUAGUUGUUACAAUAGUUUAACGUAACCCCGUAUCGAUGGACGUGAUUAUUUCAUUAUUAAUUUUAAGUCUGGUGUAUGUGCCUUUAAUCAUUGCUGUGGACCCUGAAACUAAUGAAAACAAAGGUCCGGUUGAUAAUCAACCAUUUAAAAACGAUGACCCCGACGAAUUACUAUUCAGGCGCCUAUUUAAGAAGCGGAGAGCUGAACAAAUACAAGCUGUAAAGGGCUUACUCACAAUGGAUAGCUAUGAAAAACAAUACAGAAUGAUUUCUGUAAUUGUCGAUAAGUUAUUCAAUGUAAUCCAGAACAGCCGUGUCACACUGGAAAGUUCUGGUUAUGUCCCUGGACUUAGCAGUUUUCCCAAGAAUGAGGAACUGCUUAAUGCUCUGGCCAACAUCCUGGAAAAUACAGCACUGUUUGGAGAUAUUUUACUUCAUCUUCCAGAAAUUUCUACGAAGAUUCUUGACUCCAAUAAUGAAUGGCGUGUUAUGUUCGAAUGGAGCUUGAAUUUUGCAAAUCAGUCGCAACUGUUAGACAGUAGUACCAGAAAGCUUAUUGAUCUUGUCAGUAUGGAACUUAAUAUAACUGAGCGCCAUCCUGAUUACAUUAACCCUUACAGGAGGGAAAGUCGUUCAUCAAAUACAGAAGAAUAUGUUUCACAGGUUCCAGCUAAGAAGAAGAAGAAAAAGAAAGAAAUAAAGAGAGGCCCACGUUUAACAGGCGAAUUGUGAUAGUGCCUUCGACACUGCAUAAGGGUAACUUUUAAGGUGGACCAUGUAAUAAAACUUGAAGAAUUUUCAUUGUAACUCUCUUUGGAGAUAUAGAAGAAGAGAAAUUAAAUUACUGAUAUGUGAA